CUCUGUCGUCAGACGUGCGCGCCGCCGCCGCCGCUGCUCGCGAGGGAAAUCCGAGAACUGUCAUGGCGAGUCCCGCCGCGUCCUCGGUGCGACCGCCGAGGCCCAAGAAAGAGCCGCAAGCGCUCGUCAUCCCCAAGAAUGCGGCGGAAGAGCAGAAGCUCAAGCUGGAGCGGCUCAUGAAGAACCCGGACAAAGCAGUUCCAAUUCCAGAAAAAAUGAGUGAAUGGGCACCUCGACCUCCCCCAGAAUUUGUCCGAGAUGUAAUGGGUUCAAGCGCUGGCGCAGGCAGCGGAGAGUUCCAUGUGUACAGGCAUCUGCGCCGGAGAGAAUAUCAACGACAGGACUACAUGGAUGCCAUGGCUGAGAAGCAAAAAUUGGAUGUAGAGUUUCAGAAGAGACUGGAAAGGAAUAAAAUUGCUGCAGAGGAGCAGACUGCAAAGCGUCGAAAAAAGCGAAGAGAUGCAGACAUUUACUGUGCCCCUCCCCCAGCUGGUUACAACUUCUUCAAAGCUUGGAGCCAAAAGUUAAAAGAGAAGAAAUUAUUGGCAAAGAAGAUGAAACUUGAACAGAAGAAACAGAAAGAAGGAUCCAGUCAGAACCAAGAGCAGCCAUCCAGUAGUUCUGAGGAGACAUCUGGGACAGAGGAGGAGAAAGAGGAAGAGCCCAGCUUCAUCAUGGGGCGAUGACAGUGUUGGCGACAGUAGCUUUCCGGGGCCCAGGGCCUCAGAAAAUCUCCACAUGACCCAAGGAGAAAGGCGACUGUUUGAACUGUCUCUCUCCCAAGGCCUCGCUGGAUAGAAGCCAUCCUGACUGCUGUGGCCCUGCCAAUAGGGACAGAGAAGACUGUCUCCUGGACACUCAAGGACAUUGCCAAGCGGAGUUCAUUCAUGUUCCCGCUAAAGGGGGAAACGUAUAACCUUCUGCCCCUGCUGUCUGUUCUCACAUAUUUGUACAUUGAUGAGUUUUGGGUGGUAUCUGUGAAAGGAAUGUUUAUUUAUUAAAGAACAGAAAAACUUGA